UCUAUUCGCUAGCGCUUUGACGAUAACUCACUACAGAGCGUACACAUCACGACGUUCUUGGAAAAGCUAACUGUCACCUGCCUGUCCGACCCACCCCCUUCAACGCUCAUCAGUCCUAUUGUGGUCACGGAGCCACCCUUCGCCGUUACCAACACGACUGAUAGGCCAUUCCUCGCACGGCUCACCCUCACAUGGACAGGCAGUGCGAAUGCGCCCAUGGACGUCGAACAUUGGGUCGAUGUAGACCCUUUGCACCUGGGCCAUCCCGUGCUCGGCGACGAGCAAGUUUUUGAUGUCGAACUUGACCGGAACACGCAGCUUUUGCCUGUCAGACAGGAUGCCAGGAAACUGACAUGGAAAGACGAGGACGAGAGUGAUGACGACCGUGACAAAUACGCAGGCGGCGAAAAGAUCAACAAGAGCGCUGACAGUGAUGAACGGGGGUACAGCGUCGUCUUACGAACGCUACUGCAGGACGUGCCUAUUACUGUGCGAGAUGCGCGCUCCCGCAGACUGUCGUCACCAACCUUCGCAUUGGUGCCUACACGGGCUCAGUAUCGAACCCUUGUUCCUGGGCGGCGAAAAGCCAUCGAAAUGAGUCGUGCUCGCGCGCUGCUCGCCGCGUACCGAGAGCACACCGCCUUAGCUGACUCCCCGGCGUCGCCGACUACCCUUAAUGUCGCGAAUGUGUACUUCUGGUUGGAAGAGGAGGGCCUUUUCCCGCGUCAUGCAAUUAGGAGCGAUGUUACCAAACACGACGACCGGCAAGGGAAGGCGACCGAGGCAGAUCAGGUUCCAGAAGCCUACUGCCGCUUCUGUGGUCUCCGCCGGUAUCUCCACCCACUCGGCGUUAAGACGGAGGAUGGCGUACCCAACGACGUGAAGAACUCGUACACCGACACGGCGGCCUGCACCGAGUUCAACGCGCCCCCCGGCGGUGUGCCUUUCUUCGACGUGAAGCGACUGUUGCAGUCAAGUCCCAAUGGAUCAGUCGGAGUUCCGUACGGUCUAUCGGAAGGGUUAUGGACCUCCCUGAACAAGAAUGCGAGGCCGAACAGAAUCCCGGCCUCUACGGAUCUGGUCGCCAUCGCACAUCCGGGGCUUCUCACCACCAUUCGGGAAUUAGCGACGCAAUGGCGUCUAGCCCAUUUGCCGGCACCGAUCGAACCCUCUACCGAGGACGGCCUAGUGUCGCGUGUCCCAGUCAACCGAACGCACCAGGAGCUCCUGGACGACUUGGCGCCGUACGCAAUGCUCUCUGCGGUGGCGGGCUGCAUGGUGCGGCUGCUCGUCCGCAGUGGACUGGACGCGCUUCGGCGCGACGAAUCGGCGCUGCGAAGCCUUGUACGGCAUGAGCGCACAAGAAGGAAGGGUGGAAAGGCCGACACGGGUGGGGCAAGGCGUUUGCUGACGCCUUCCCACAUAUUGCGCGGACUAACGAUACAUGCGGGACGUGGACUACCGGAGAGCGUUGCUCUGGUUUGUCUCGCGAGGCUCGGGGUGGGCAUUCAGGAGGACGGAGAAGGGGUGGUUACCGGCAACGCCCUUGCCCUGCCAACCCCGGACGAGGUGCUGGUGAGUGUAAAGGAGGAAGAGGAUGCGUAGGAAUUGUGCUGCUGAGGUUUGUAUACCUGCGACAGCGGUAUGAUAUGAUGACGCGGGCACGUGAGCGAACGCGAGCAUUUAAUUGAGGACUCCAUGAUCGAGCCAGGCCCAGAUCAGCGAGCCGAUAUGCAUUGAUCGUGGCCGGCCUGGCGGGAUACAUGUGGUCUGCCCAAAACGGAAGUGGGCAGGCUCCCAAGAGCCGGAGGCAGUC